AUGCAAAGGUGGCACCUAGAAUUUUUUUUCAUCCCCACCACAGUGCUCACUCUGGCAACCUUGCUCGCCAACCCCGUUCUGCUGACGUGCAUUAUACUGUCCCGUGCCUUGCGUCAGGAGACACGUUACCUGCUAGUGGCCAACACCCUGACAGCAGACGUGCUCUUCCUGGUCCUCAACCUGGCCACAGCGAUCUGUAACGCUGCGAGAGCUCAAGUACCCUGGCUUAUUUGUGAGCUGGUCACAGCCGUCACUGUCACCACCUACUGCUGUGCCAUCCUCACCGUCACCCUGAUGGUGGUUGACACCUACGCUGCGGUUCGCUGGCCUCUCCAUUACCAUGACAUUCUUCCACCUGCCCGCAUCCACCGCAUACUGGUGGGGGUGUGGGUGCUCGCAGCCAUUUACCCUUUCACCCUUAUGAUCAUAAUGGAGAUGGAUCGAGGAAAUCCCCGUGAAAAGGUGGCUGUGUGUCUGGUCCUCCUCUCCCUGGGCUUCAUUCAGGUCAAUAACGUGAUGGGGAUCUACAUCUACUUCUUUGUAGCUGCACUCAUCUGUGCUAUACUCAUUUUUUUCUGCUACAUUCGGCUCUACAUGGUAACAAGGACCCAGGGCAUCUGGCAGAGCCGCUUCUCCAGGGCCCGGGUCACGCUGCUGGCUCAUGGGGUUCUUCUCCUGCUCUACUUUGUCCCCGGCUUUGUUUUCACCCUGGAGCUCUUCAUGUUUCAGAGGAACGAAAUAAGUCAGGAUGUUCGCGUGUGGGUCAGCACAGUCAAUAUGGGUGUUUUCAUGUUGCUGCCCAGGGCGUUUGCUCCGUACCUGUAUGGACUGAGGUACAGGGAGAUCUCUGAUACUCUAAUGCAGUUUCUGCACCAGCACAGGACACUCAGCCAGAUUACUGUUUCAUGA